AAUUUACUUAAUUGAUUUCGUACGACCGAGUCGAAGAAAAGGUUGUCCGUAACAAAUGAGGUUGCUGAGGUUGUUGAUAUUGUUGACAUUGUUGAUAAUGUCGAAAGUUGAAAUUGAAAUCGUUGAAAUUGUUGAAAUUGUUGACAUUGUUGAUAAUGUCGAAAGUUGAAAUUGAAGUUGUUGAAGUUGUUGAAAUAGUUGAAGUUGUUGAAAUUGUUGAAGUUGUUGAAAUUGUUGAAGUUGUUGAAGUUGUUGAUAUUCAGAAUCUUCAAAAUCGAGAUAAUUUUAUAUUAAAACUUAUAAUAAAUGGAUAUUACAUAAUAAAUGUCACUGCCCUAAGAUUCCAUGAUGAUUUAAAAAAUUUAUAGAAUUAAGUAGGGCGAAAAUAAUUCUGAUUUUUUGAAUUUUUGUAUUUUUUGAGGAAAAAUACCUUAGUCUUUUUAUAAGGCCUAUUUACUAUAACUAUUUCAACAUCCUAUAAUAUUUAUAUUCGGUAAGAUUAUCUAUAAGAAAAGUUGAAAUAAC